UUAAUUGGACCCAACGGUCAGAAUCGAGCCGUUGUUUCUCACAAUAUUGAGCUGAAGUAUGUCGGACGUUAAUCUGACCGGUGUCAAACAGAGUCAGGGCGUGUGGCUUGUAAAGGUUCCCAAAUAUUUAUCUCAACAAUGGGACAAGGCUGCAGACAAGGGAGAGGUUGGAAAGAUUAGCAUUGGGAAGAAGCAAGGCAAAACCGAGGUACGUUUCACUCUGAAUGAGGAGCUGACUGCCCUGGGUGCUGUGGGGGAGAAGGAUUCCUCGCUGCAGGUCCCAAGGGAUCAUCCCUUCACGAUGCACACAGUGGGUGGACAGACCAUGGCUGUCUUCAGCCAGAGCGACACAGAUGAAAUCAGUCUGGAGGGGAUGGUGGUGCACAGAGCUGAAUGCAGGCCGGUCGUCAAUGACAACUACAUGAAGCUGAAGAAGGCAAAGACCUACCUGAAAGAAAUCAUGAAGGACAUUGGGACGUACAACAACAAGGGAGCUCACAAAAGCACCUGGGAACUGAAGCCGGAGUACCGACACUACGAGUCUGGCGAGGAAGAGGAGGAGAUGCAGACGGCGUAGUUCCAGCGAGUUCCUCUGAGCCUGGCGAGGAUACAGCUCCGAGCUUUCAGCCGCUCGCAAAUGAGUUCAGGUUUUUCACUGACUUGUAGAAAACCUGCUGUUUAUUACAAAUGCAGGUAGUAUGUGAUGGUUUUGAGUUCAUAAUGUUUAAGUUGAUACUAUUAUAGGGUGGAAAGGUCUGCCCUGCAUUAGGUAGCACAUCACAUAAAUAAACAGACAUAUUGUUCACAGUGAAUGAUUUAAAUCAGUUCUUUUUGGACGCUGAGGAAUAAAAUAUGUCUGGAAGUGGAAAAAAAAACAUGAAAUAAAUCUAAAAUGCAAAACUAUUGAUUCCCUUUUUGUUACAAUACCAAAAAAAAGAAUUUGGAUUUUUAACUACACGAGCUGAAAGGUGAAUGUUUUAAAUGUCUGUG